AUGCCGAAAAAGAAGACAGGUGCACGGAAAAAGGCUGAAAAACAACGGGAAAUCCAGAAGAAAAUCCGGAGCAAUGUUAUAAAAGAGAUUGCACAUCAUGCAUGCAAUGGAUUGAUGCAAUGUGAUCAUUGCACUCGAGAGCAGAAGAUUCGAGCAUUUUGCUAUUUCUGUAAUACAAUUAAUAAAGCACCAAUGUGUGCAGCUUGUGGUAAACAGAAAUGUUUAGUGAAAAGCGGAGAUUGUAUUGUCAAACAUACCGGGAAAUGUGCAAUCGGUUUGCAAAUGAUGGGCGCAAUAUGUUAUUAUUGUGAAGCAUUCAUUUGUCACAGUAAGAAAUGUCUUUCAACUCAUCCAUGUAAAUGUCCACUGCGUGGUGCUCAAUGUACAGAAUGUAAACGAGGUGUAUGGGAACACGGUGGGCGGAUAUAUCACUGCGCUUUUUGUCAAGAUUUUUUGUGCGAAGAUGAUCAAUUUGAACAUCAGUCGAGCUGUCAAUAUCUUGGCAGUGAAAGUUUCAAAUGUAUGUCAUGCAAUCGUUUUGGCAUGUACACAUGCUUGCGAUGUAAAAUUUGCUGCUGUGAUGACCAUGUUCGCAGAAAGGGUUUUAAAUAUAACCGAGAUCUGAAAGAUUUACCAUGCCCGAAAUGUGGCUAUCCAACCAGCGAAACAAAGCUGUGCAGUGUUUCAGCUCGAAAGCAUGUCUACGGACGUCAGUCUCGUGGAAUUCACGGGAAGGCAAACGAUUCUAAAAGACAUAAUAAAGGCGAAAAGUUCAAAGAUAUUAAUUACGGUCAAAAAGAAUCUGAUGACGCCGGGGAUAGUGAUGACGUUAAUCAUGAUGGCAAGGAGAGGGACACUAAGCAUGAUAACAAAGAUGAUAAUGUUAAUCAUGAUGACAAGAACAAUAAGGCUGAGCGUAAUGACAAAGAGAAUGACGGUGAUCAUGGUGAUGGAGACAAGAACGGUAUUUAUGAUUAUGAAAACAAGAACGGUAGUUAUGAUGACGGAGACAAUGACGUUAAUCAUGAUGUCGGAGAUAUUGACGUUCAUGAUGACGAAAACAGUGGUACUAGUGAUGAUAACGAUGACAAUGACAUUAACCAUGAUGAGGAAGACAGUGAUAAUGGUGAUAUUAAUGAAGGUGACAUUAACAGUGAUACUAAUGAUGGUGCUAAGAAGGAAGAAAUAAUUGUUUCAUAA